AGGGAUCCCACCCCUUCUCUGUGUUUUCACUCUGAAGCUCUACACAACUUUACACCUGAAUGAACGCCAAACCUCUGUGGAUAUAUAAAGGGAAGCUUGAGGAGGAAUUUCACAGAUACAGUGCAGAAGCAGAGGCAAAGGAAUUAACCGGCUCUUCAGCCAAGCAAAUCCUCUACUCACCAUGCUUCCUCCUGCCAUUCAUUUCUAUCUCCUUCCCCUUGCAUGCAUCCUAAUGAAAAGCUGUUUGGCUUUUAAAAAUGAUGCCACAGAAAUCCUUUAUUCACAUGUGGUUAAACCUGUUCCAGCACACCCCAGCAGCAACAGCACGAUGAAUCAAGCCAGAAAUGGAGGCAGGCAUUUCAGUAACACUGGACUGGAUCGGAACACUCGGGUUCAAGUGGGUUGCCGGGAACUGCGUUCCACCAAAUACAUCUCUGAUGGCCAGUGCACCAGCAUCAGCCCUCUGAAGGAGCUGGUGUGUGCUGGUGAGUGCUUGCCCCUGCCAGUGCUCCCUAACUGGAUUGGAGGAGGCUAUGGAACAAAGUACUGGAGCAGGAGGAGCUCCCAGGAGUGGCGGUGUGUCAAUGACAAAACCCGUACACAGAGAAUCCAGCUGCAGUGCCAAGAUGGCAGCACACGCACCUACAAAAUCACAGUAGUCACUGCCUGCAAGUGCAAGAGGUACACCCGGCAGCACAACGAGUCCAGUCACAACUUUGAGAGCAUGUCACCUGCCAAGCCCGUCCAGCAUCACAGAGAGCGGAAAAGAGCCAGCAAAUCCAGCAAGCACAGCAUGAGUUAGAACUCAGACUCCCAUAACUAGACUUACUAGUAACCAUCUGCUUUACAGAUUUGAUUGCUUGGAAAACUCAAGCCUGCCAUUGCUAUUUUCUCACUUGAAAGUAUAUGCUUUCUGCUUUGAUCAAACCCAGCAAGCUGUCUUUUAAGUAUCAGGACCUUCUUUGGGAAUAGUUUUUCCUUUUCAAGUUUUUCAAGAUGUAGGUAUAUCCAUGAAUGCAAUUUGCAUUUAAAUUCCACGUAUCCUGUAGUUUUAAUUCCUCAUUGUUCUUAAAAGACUGUUGAUACUAUAUACAUCAGUGAAUCAUUAUAUUUUAAAACAGAAAAGGGCUUCUCAGAUACCCUCCAUCUACUGGCCCAUCCCAUAUCCUAAACAAAACCCCUUCAAAACAGAAAGGUUAAAAAAAAAUUGUUGUCAUGAAUCUUCGCAGUAACAUUUCAGAAAGGUGCUUUUUUGGUACUCUUCACGGGAACAGUUUAGCAGCCAUGAGUGAUCUUCCUUUGAAAGAGAAUGAAAGACCUUGUGACAUUUCACUUCAAAAAUAAGCCCUGUAGCUCUUUACAGUUGCAUAGUAUGAAAUUAUACCCUGCAUGCUGACCCUCGCUUGGAAUGGAAUGCCAGAAAUGCAUGGCAGUGGCUAAUAAGUAAAGCUGAUUAACUAUUUAUUUGUCAAUGUUAUUAUUUAAUGAGCUUUCACAUGUGAUUUUUUUUCAAAAUGUUAAUUUUUUAAUGUUUUGGAACUUUUUCAUGGACCUAAAUAUUUUCCUAUAUGAUUUGUGGUUGAUCUUGAAAUAUGAAAAUACAUGUUGUAGAUAUGUAAAAUGAUUAUUUUAGUCUCCUUAUUACAUAUAUGUUCAUGGUGAACUUUAUCAAUAGUAUGGAUCUUUUUAAAUCAAUAAGAUGCUUUGUAAAGUUGAAAUACAUAAUACUUUCUUGUUUAAUCUGUGCAAUCAGAAGGUGUUUUGACCUUCAAUUCAAUUGGUUUCUUUUAACAAAAAUAAACACUGCUAAAAGUUA